AUGAUCUCGGUCCUCAUCUCUCAUCCCGAAGAAGGUCUCAUCCUCUUUGAGACUGGUGCAGGCAAGGACUACCCAGAAGUCUGGGGCCCACAGCUCGUAGACUUGUUUGCACGAGAAGGAUACACUGAAGAUAUGGAGCUGGAUGCCCAGAUCAAGUUGACAGGGAAUGAUAUCAAGGAUGUCAAAGCUGUGAUUAUUGGUCAUCUUCACCUUGAUCAUGCUGGCGGACUUGAGCAAUUUCGUGGCACAGACAUACCCAUCUAUACGCAUGAGUUGGAGCUCAAGCAUGCCUUUUACAGCGUGGCAAGUAAGACUGAUUUAGGUCUCUACCUCCCCUCCUAUCUCCAAUUCGACCUGAACUGGAAGCCUUUCGUAGGAGCCAGUCUCGGCUUCGCCCGCGGCAUCUUCCUCCACCAUUGCCCCGGCCAUACACCCGGCCUCUGUAUCGCGCAGAUAAACCUCCAGAAUAGCGGUACCUGGGUCAUCACAUCGGACCAGUAUAUUGUGCAAGAGAAUUACGACUCAUUGGCAACACAAGGAUGGUUGACUAGAGAUCAUCAUUCUUGGUCGCAGUCGAAUCAGAUGAUUCACUUUUUGCAGAAGACGACGGAUGCAAAAUUGAUCUUUGGACAUGAUAGGGAGGUGUUGAUGAGGUAUAAGUUGGCUCCUGAGUUUUAUGAUUGA